AUGAAACUCACUAGUUCGCCUAAGGCCAGAAGCUCUCUCCCUACCUGCCUUACUUCACUGGGCUGUUGUGAGGAUGAUGUGGAGAUAAGGAGAGCCAGUGGUAGCCGUUCUUCUAAGACUUUUAAACCAAAGAAGAAUAUUCCUGAAGGCUCCCAUCAAUAUGAGCUGCUGAAGCAUGCAGAGGCCACCCUUGGAAGUGGCAACCUGCGGAUGGCUGUUAUGCUGCCUGAGGGUGAAGACCUCAAUGAAUGGGUUGCGGUGAACACUGUGGAUUUCUUCAAUCAGAUCAACAUGCUUUAUGGGACAAUUACAGACUUUUGCACAGAGGAGAGCUGCCCAGUGAUGUCUGCAGGUCCAAAAUAUGAAUACCACUGGGCAGAUGGGACAAACAUAAAGAAGCCAAUCAAAUGUUCAGCACCAAAGUAUAUUGAUUACCUGAUGACCUGGGUUCAGGAUCAGCUGGAUGAUGAAACGCUAUUUCCUUCCAAAAUAGGCGUCCCUUUCCCAAAGAACUUUAUGUCGGUAGCUAAGACCAUCUUAAAGCGACUCUUCAGAGUGUAUGCUCACAUCUAUCACCAGCACUUUGAUCCAGUCAUCCAGCUUCAAGAAGAGGCACAUCUCAACACAUCCUUCAAGCACUUUAUCUUUUUCGUUCAGGAAUUUAACCUUAUAGACAGAAGAGAACUUGCUCCACUUCAAGAACUGAUUGAAAAACUCACUUCAAAGGACAGAUAAGCAGAAAUAUUUUUUUUCCUAGAUGGACAUUCACCAUGUAUCUGUGCAUUGUACACAUCUGAGCAUUCCACGUACAUAUUACUAUGUGUAAUUACCUCAUCUGGAUUUCUGAACUACUUGUAUUACAAACAGAUCUAAUAGCAAUAAAAUGAACCUGAUCUCCUUCAA